AAAGUAAACUAUGCUAUCACGAUCCUAGUUUGCGUGGCACGUGCUACAUUUCUGGCCUACUAAGCCACCAGGGUUCGGAUGCGGUCGCAUCAUGGCCGCUAGAUGUUUCGUAACCGAAUCCUAUUUAAGAAUGCCCUGAGCUCCGAAAUAAUUUCAAAACGACAGACAAGUUCAGCUCUGAGCUGGUACUCUCACGACGCGGACAUCCAAGCGGAAAAUCCAGGUCAAUCGUUGCUCACGCAAUGCAGUCCGAGUCUGAGGAGCGAAAGCAGGGAGAGUCGCACUCCAGUUCCGUGACACCGGAUCUGGCCUCUGAUAAACCUGUGGGCAAUGAUCUGGAGGGCAGUCGGUAUUAUACAGGAUUUUUCAGACGUACCACCCAGCUACUUUCUCGGUAUGGAAUUGAAACUCAUGGCAUCGCACCGGUACCAGCAGAGGAACGCCUCGAGACUCGAUGGUACCAAAUGUUCUUUGUAUGGUUUUCGGCUAACAUGAAUAUCUUGACAUUCAGCACUGGUACUGCGGGGCCUGCAUAUUUUUCUCUGGGAGUUCAUGACUCUUUAAUCAUCAUUGUCAUUGUUGAUCUGGCGGUCUGCUUGUUGCCUGCGUUUUUUGCUGUCUUUGGGCCAAAGCUUGGCACGCGAGCUAUGGUACAGGCAAGGUUCUCGUGGGGGUAUUUUGGUGCCAUCAUACCGACGGUCUUGAAUGUCUUUUCCAUGCAAGGCUUCCUUAUACUGAACUGUAUCGUUGGUGGACAAACGCUUGCAAGCUUAUCUUCUCGUCUUAAUGAUACUCUUGGUAUUGUUAUCAUUGGUAUCAUAACUCUUGUGGUCACUUUCUGUGGAUACCGCAUCAUCCAUUGGUACGAAAGCAUCGCCUGGAUCCCAAAUGUGGUCGCUUUUAUCACCAUGCUGGGUGUCGGCUAUCCACAACUACGCGACAACCAAUCAGCUCCUGUCUCUGAAGCGACUGUCGCUGAAGUUAUCUCUUUUGCGUCUAUCCUCGCAUCUAGCGUUCUCAGCUGGUGUACUAUGACUCCUGACUAUGGUGUAUACCACAGCCCUGCUGCUUCCUCUGCGAGAAUUUUUCUUUACACGUAUCUCGCGUUUUUCACCGCUAGUGUGACCGCCCACACCCUCGGUGCUGCGUUCGCGGCCGCAGCUCCUAACGUGCCUGCUUGGAACGAAGGAUUUAGCGACAGCUCUUCCGUCGGUGGCUUGUUAUACAGCGUGCUGCUACCUACAGGCGCAUUUGGAAAAAUUCUGACCGCUCUGGUCGCUCUCAGCAUACCCAGCGCUUGUGCACCAACCAUGUAUACAUUCAGCAACAGUCUCAUGGCUGUUGCUCCGUGGUUUGCUGCAGUGCCGAGAUGGGUGUAUAUUCUUAUCUCUGAAGGGAUCCUGAUACCAGUGGCCAUUGUCGGCGCCAAAAAGUUUUAUACCACUUUUGUUGACAUCCUGAAUAUCAUCGGGUACUGGUCGUCAGUAUUUGCCGCGAUUAUUCUUACAGAACAUGUGUUAUUUCGGCGGGCCUCUUUUUCUGAGGAUCAAUAUCCCAUCACGACUUGGGCUUCGUAUACCCUUUUGCCUAGCGGUAUUCCUGCGGUCGUUGCCUUUGCGUGCGCCUGCGGAGCCCUUGUUCCAUUUAUGUCACAGGCUUGGUAUGUAGGACCAGUUGCGAGGCAUGGAAGUGGAGAUGUUGGGGUAUUCGUAGGGUUUGUGGUGGGGGCUAUCACAUACGCAUUGGCAAGGGGAUUCGAAAACUGUGGUACAAGAAGAUGAGUAAAUCAGAUGUAUAGCGGUAGUCGUUUCUAAGGCAGAUAACAUGUACACGAACUGCUCUUUGACGUCGAAGAGACAAGGUAGUUCGAAAUCAAAAUGAAUGUCAGUCUGCGACUGGACAAAUCGUGCGCACCUGUAAACUCGAACAUGUGUAACAUGUACUGGUAGUAAGUUUGUGUUUGCUGUUGUGCAGCGG